UGAUGAAGAAACAGAUCUUAAUUCUCUGAUAAAAUCCUGGUUAAGGAAUCAACCUGUUAAAUAUAGGAAUAAUCUUGGAAAUUGGAUUGGAGAUUAUUUUGAAAAAGCUUUACAAUGGGUUCUAAAGCAGAAUGACUAUGUGGUAGAAACAAGUUUGGUUGGGACUGUGAUGAAUGGUCUGUCACAUCUUCAUGGAUGCAAAGAUCAUGAUCAAUUUAUUAUUAAUCUCAUAAGGGGACUUGGUGGAAAUCUGAACAUGAAAUCACGUCUGGAAUUCACCAAAGAGGUUUUUAACUGGGCACGACAGUCUCCUCCAGACCCCCAUAAGCCAAUGGACACCUACUAUGACUCGAGUACAGGACGAUUAGCAUCUUAUGUGCUGAAGAAGCCAGAAAACUUGACUGCUGAUGAUUUCAAUAAUGGCCAAACUCUUCCAGUAAUUCAGACUCCUGAUAUGCAGCGGGGUCUAGAUUAUUUCAAACCUUGGUUAAGUUCUGAUACUAAACAACCGUUUAUUCUCAUAGGACCAGAAGGAUGUGGCAAAGGGAUGCUGCUCAGGUAUUCCUUUUCUCAACUCCGAUCCACUCAAAUUGCUACAGUUCAUUGUAGUGCACAAACUACUUCUCGACAUCUCCUGCAGAAAUUGAGCCAGACUUGCAUGGUAAUCAGUACUAAUACUGGUCGAGUUUAUAGACCCAAAGACUGUGAACGACUUGUUUUGUACUUAAAAGAUAUCAACCUACCCAAGCUGGAUAAAUGGGGGACCAGUACUUUGGUAGCCUUCCUACAACAGGUAUUGACAUAUCAAGGAUUUUAUGAUGAAAAUUUGGAAUGGGUUGGUCUAGAAAAUAUUCAAAUUGUGGCUUCUAUGUCAGCUGGAGGAAGACUGGGAAGACAUAAGCUUACUACCAGAUUUACUUCUAUUGUUCGUCUUUGUGCUGUAGAUUACCCUGAAAGAGAACAAUUACAAACAAUUUAUGGAGCAUAUUUAGAACCAGUUCUACAUAAAAAUCUAAAGAAUCAUUCUAUUUGGGGUUCUUCAUCAAAAAUUUAUCUCUUAGCAGGAUCGAUGGUACAAGUGUAUGAACAG